AUGGGAGUUCCCUCACUGUUCAGAUGGAUAGCAAAAAGGUACCCGAAGUCAAUAUAUCCGGCAACAGGCCAGGAAAUAGACAAUCUCUACUUGGACCUCAACGGGAUCAUACAUCCGUGCUGCCACCCCAGGAAUAAGCCUGCUCCCCCAACAGAGGAGGCAAUGUUCCGGGAAAUAUACAGGACGAUAGACCAUCUCGUCGCAAUAUCCCGUCCGAAGCAGCUCCUGUACAUAGCCGUGGACGGAGUAGCCCCCCGAGCAAAGAUGAACCAGCAGCGAGAGAGAAGGUUCAAGCCCAAGGAAGACGCUGAAAACUGCGGGGAUUUUGACCCGAAUGUGAUCACUCCCGGGACUCCCUUCAUGCAGAGACUCCACAAGAGCCUUCAGGAGUACGUGGAGAGCAGAAUGUCCGAGGGCAGAAACGGGUGGAAGAGUCUCGCAGUGAUAUACAGUGGAUGCGAUGUCCCCGGGGAGGGCGAGCAUAAAGUGUACGACUUCAUACGGACGAUAAAGGGAACGGGAGUACGUCAUGCGAUAUGCGGACUGGAUGCGGAUCUGAUAUUCCUCAGCCUGGCAACUCACGAGAAGUCCUUCCGAAUCCUGCGAGAAGACGUUUUCUUCCUCGAGCGAGAGGAAAGAUCUUCCUGUAAGAACUGCAGGAAGGAGGGACACAGUACAGGAAAUUGCGAGAUGCAGAAUCCCCCGUAUAUAUACUUAGACGUAGAUAUGAUCCGGAGGUACUUGUACAGCGACUUCAGCAGGGCAGUGAAUGCCCGCUUUGACUUUAACCGCCUGCUGGACGACUGGAUUUUCCUUUGCUUCUUCGUGGGGAAUGACUUUCUCCCGUCUAUCCCUUCAAUGGACAUAAAAGUCUCUGCGAUCGAGACACUCACGAACUCAUACAUAGAAAAUGUAAUUACGCGCAGAGAGUACAUCACAGACGAGUGCAGGAUAAAUAUUCCGGAGCUGGAGGUGCUGAUGAAUACGCUUGCAGAGUGCGAGGAUAAACUCCUCAGGGCAAAACUCGCAGGGUACCUGAAAAAUGCGAAGAGAAGGGGAGAAGUCCCGCGGGAGGAGGAUACCCGCAUAAAACUGUACGAGAAAAAGGGAAGGGCUGAGUACUACGCAGAGAAACUGCACGCACGUACUCCAGAGGAAAUUCAGAGUGUUUGCUUCGAGUACGUCCGUGGACUCGCGUGGAUCCUGCAGUACUAUCACUCAGGAGUUCCCUCUUGGGACUGGUUCUACCCGUAUCACUUCGCCCCCCUCGCAGGAGAUGUCUCACAGGCCCUGAAGAGUCUGCGGAGUGAGUACAGCGCAUUCGAGAAGGGGAUGGCGAGAAGUCCCUUGGAGCAGGUGAUGGCAAUUCUCCCCCCGAGCUCAUCCGCGUGCAUUCCGAAGGGGCUGCACAGGAUUUUUGAGGAGCUGAAGGAGAACUACCCGGAGACAGUGCGGAUAGAUAUGUUUGGGAAGACGCAGGCGUGGCAGGGAGUAGCUGUAAUGCCCUUCUUCGACUGCGAUAGUUUGGUCGACCGUGUUCGCAGAUACAGCGGAGACCUUACGGUGGAGGAGAUAGAGAGAAAUGUCCUGGGGGAGAAUAUUAUAUUUCUUCCGGAGGGGAAUAAGAACUACUCCCUCCUGGAGAGUGUGUACGUGAACUUCUCAAAGGCCUCGGGAAUGAAGAUACAGGGGAAGUUCUACUCCGGAAGAGCAACGACAUUCUCAAAGGGGAGAAUGCCCGGGGAGAAGGGGGUUCUGCAGGAGGAGAAGAGGAAUUACACGGUCAAGUCACUCUCAGCCGUAUUUACUUCGAUGCGAAAGGUGGCCCAGUAG